GAUGGCACGUCGCACGCAAUUUCAGGGGAAUGUCUCCAGUGAAGGACAUCCUUGUUGUCCUCUUCAUCUGCUCGUUUGACCAUUUUGCCUAUGGUCGGCGAAGGAACGUCAUCUUCCGGUCGGAUGAUCCAUGCUUACCUAAUGGAGGAGUAUGCACUAAGUUCAACGAGUGUCCCGAAGCACUAGCAAAAUUCCGACAGAAUCCAUCCGCCUACCGACCCCAAUUGUGUUCCGUGGAAUCCGAUGUGCCCGUCAUCUGCUGCGACCGAACACCAUCCGCCCUCGAAACUCCGACGGCAGUUCCUCUCCGUUCCGCAAAACGAAUCAGCAAAUCCAAAUGCGAGGAGUACAAAGCCUCGUUGAAAAACGUGACCUGCGACCACACCCAAACAGGAUUGAUCCACGGUGGACAAGAAGCCAACGCCUUCGAAUUUCCCCACAUGGCCCUCCUGGGAGAGAAGCUCUCGAACGGGGAAUAUUUUUGGAAAUGCGGCGGGGCCCUCAUCAGCGAGGAAUGGAUUCUCACAGCUGCCCACUGCAUCAACAACGACCAGCCUUUGACGGUGAGACUCGGGGAACACGACCUCGAUGAUUCGUUGGAUGCCAUCCCGUCCGAUUAUCAAGUGAUCAAGGUCGUCAUUCAUCCAGACUGGGGGAAAAGGAGACGGAUAAUCGUACGCAAUCACAAACUUUUCUUUCAGUUCGGGCGGGAUGAACUUGGUUACCACGAUAUUGCCCUACUACAACUGAAUCAGAAAGUUCCCUUUCGGUAUACAAUUCACCCCGCAUGUCUAGCGACCGAUGACGACCAGCUGCCGCAAGGGAGCAACGUAACCGUCACAGGAUGGGGAACCACCUCCUUCGGCGGGAAGGCGAGCAGCGUCCUGCUCAAAGUUUCCGUUCCUUUGUACGGUUCAUCCGAUUGCGACGCCCUGAUCUCGAGGUACCCCUUCGCUCUCGGGAGAGUCUACCCAGAGGGUGCGACCGGGCGAGUCCUCUGCGCCGGAAAGGAAGGGAAAGACUCAUGCCAGGGUGAUUCGGGUGGACCGAUGACGAUUCCUCGCACUCCAGACAGCUGUUUGUACACCGUUUUGGGGAUCGUGUCUAAAGGUUUUGGGUGUGGAACCGAAUUACCAGGCUUCUACACGAAGGUCUCCUCCUACUUGGACUGGAUCGAGGGGAUUGUCUGGAACGCUAAUUCAUAAAUGUGCUGUAUAUACCUCUAAGCAAGAAGUCGAGAGUGUGAAGAUUAAGCUAGCUUUUAAGCAAAACCAGGAUUCGGUUUCCUUUUACUUCAUCUAAGUCUAUAUUCUUCCUGUGCUUUUUCAAAAGUUAGACAUUCUAAACGUUAAAUUUUCGAAUGAGGGAGUGCAUGUGUCCUGUCAGAUCUCUUUCACGCGUCUCGUUAUGCGAUAGCAAACCGUCCAUCAGGUUAUUUCUCAAGGCAAAAUAUCCAGAAAUGUGAAGCAUGUGUCAGAAUGGCAGACCUUUGAAAUUGCCUUGCAAAUGAAACCCGAGUUGCAGUCAAAAGUAGUCAAAUAAAACGUUAAAUAUUCUUCAUAACUCC